AUAGCCGAACAUCUCACAACAUGGCAGGCCGACAGUGUGAAUGUAAAUGCUAGGGAACUGCAGGCAGACGAGGUCUUGUGUCGUCCUCUCAAUCCGGAGUAUAGUUUUUCUGUAGAAGGAAAUUGUUUGCUCCUGCACUUGUGUCAAGAUGGGAAUCCUGGAGAAGAUCGCAGAGAUAGAGCGUGAGGUAGCUCGAACCCAGAAGAAUAAGGCCACUGAGUAUCAUCUGGGUCUGCUGAAAGCCAAGCUAGCCAAGUACAGGUCUCAGUUACUGGAGCCAACUGGAAAGGCAGGGGCAAAGGGUGAAGGUUUUGAUGUUAUGAAGUCAGGUGAUGCUAGAGUAGCACUUAUUGGAUUCCCUUCUGUUGGCAAGUCCACAUUGCUCAGCACUCUGACAGAGACAGAAAGUGAAUGUGCAUCCUACGAGUUUACUACUCUUACCUGUAUUCCUGGCGUCAUUCAGCAUAAAGGUGCAAAUAUCCAGCUGCUAGAUCUUCCAGGUAUUAUUGAGGGUGCAGCACAAGGUAAAGGUCGUGGUAGACAAGUUAUUGCUGUGGCAAGAACGGCAGAUCUUGUCAUCAUAAUGUGUGAUGCUUCAAAAAGCCAUUCACAGAGGGAGCUGUUAGAAAAGGAGUUGGAAACUGUUGGCAUCAGGUUAAACCAAACGAAGCCUAACAUUUAUUUCAAGCCCAAAAAAGCUGGUGGCCUGUCCUUUAACUCCACUUUACCAUUAACCAAGUGCAAUGAGAAGAUGGUACAGAUGAUUUUACAUGAAUACAAAAUAUUUAACUGUGAAGUACUCUUCAGAGAAGACGCCACACCAGAUCAGUUUAUUGAUGUGAUACUUGACAACAGAAAAUACCUGCCUUGCUUAUAUGUUUAUAACAAAAUUGACCAGAUUUCUAUAGAAGAAGUAGAUAAGCUAGCCAGGGAACCCCACACAGUAGUUGUAAGUUGCAAUAUGAAAUUAAACUUGGAUUAUUUGGUGGACAAGGUCUGGGAGCACCUGGACUUGAUCAGAAUAUUCACAAAAAGAAGAGGAGCACGUCCUGACUUUGGUGAGGGUGAAGCACUUAUAAUGAGAAAUGGAUCGACAGUAGAACAUGUGUGCCAUUCUGUCCACAGAACAAUGGUGGAAAAAUUUAAAUAUGCAUUGGUUUGGGGUACAAGUGUCAAGUUCAGUCCCCAGAGGGUUGGAUUACAACAUAAAAUGGAGCAAGACGAUGUUAUAUGUAUUGUUUCUAACCUCUGAGAAUUUGUGGAAUUUUUUUUCUGGAAAGGGGAUUGGGGCAACUAUCUACAAAGCAGCACCUGGACUAAUACUGAAAUGAGUCGGCUUAAUCUAGUGAGAACCAAUGAAGUGGUUGAGAAAAUGUGCAAAUACUGGACAUCAUGUAAAACAUUUUUUUCACUGUACUUCAGUAGAUUUUAUUAAAACCAGUAACUUCAAGCGCAACACUAGAUUUCAGAAUUUGGUACACAUGCCAUUUUUUUUAGAAAACUAUUUGUGGACAAAAUAUAAGCAUAAAAAAGUGUUGGUUCUAAGGAUCAGAAAAGCACAUUAUUUUGUAUAGUGUGAAUGCUGCCAUGAUGCUAGAAGGCAAAGGAAACAAAUGACUGACGUGAUAAUUAAUAAAACAGAUUAAUGUCA